AUGGAGCUGGUGAGCCAGCGAGACCCCCACCUCCGAGAGGCCGUGCGGUUUGCCGUGUGCUGCAGAGCCCUGACGCUCCCGCUGCAGGCUCUGUUUAACCUCCUGAUCCCAGAUCACGCUGCAGACGCCUUCUCUCCGCCUCGCCUGUCCGAGCCUGGCCUGUGGGACAUGCUGGUGGAGCAGCUGCUGGGAGGCCUCUCGCACUGGGACGCAGAGCACUUCCUCUUCAUCGCCGAGCACGGUUACCUGUACGAGCACAACUGCGCCUUCUUCCCGCUGUACCCCCUGAGCGUGCGUGCCGUGGCCGAGGGCACCCUGUGGCCCCUGCAGCAGCUGCUGCGGCGGGGGGGGCCCCCCCCCCUCUCCCCCAGCAUGUUUGCCUUCCUGGCAUUCAGUGCCAUGUGGCAACUGGAGAAGGGGCAGAGCUGGCUCAGCGGGCUGCUCUUCUCCCUUGCUUCUGGGGUGCGUGCCAAUGGGCUUAUUAACGCUGGCUUCUUUCUCUACUCCUGCGGUAAACACUUUGCCCUCCAGCUCCAGGUGGGUUCAGGAUCGGUAAGGAAGCUCCUUCCGUUGCGGAAGCAACUCCUUCACAUGGCAUCUUCAGCGGUUCUGAUGUGUGCAGGGAUUUUUCUGCCUUUUGCUUUAUUUCAAUAUUAUGCCUACGUGAGGUUCUGUGGUCCUGGCUCCGGCCUGGAGCAGACUGUUCCCAAGCCACUGCUGCAGCUGGCUCUGGACAAGGGCUAUCACCUGCCGGCCACGAACGGGGUUAAAUCCCCUUGGUGCUCCCAGCGAUUCCCCAUGGUCUAUUCCUAUAUUCAAGACACUUACUGGAACGUGGGCUUUCUAAGGUAUUUUGAGCUCAGACAGAUCCCAAAUUUCUUGCUUGCUUUGCCUGUCACACUUCUGGGCUCUUGGGCUGCCUGGACCUACAUCAUUGCAAACCCCCGGCACUGCCUAACUCUUGGUCUAGAGAGAAGAAAGAACGAAGAAGAGGGUAAGCCAAGAGCUGGAUUUUGUUGCCCUGCUGUCUUCGUGUACGUGGCCCAUGCCACGGCCCUGCUGGCGUUUGGAUUCUUCUGCAUGCACGUGCAGGUGCUGACCCGGUUCCUCGGCUCCUCCUCUCCCAUCCUGUACUGGUUCUGUGCUCACCUGCUUCAAGAAUAUGAACCUUUGCUCUGGAGCGAAGGGACUGAUAACGAAACCGCGGCACCUCGCUCCGAGAAGUCUCUUCUAGGUAAAUCUCCUGGUUCCUGUGGGAAAGAGACUUGGGACAACCCGGUCGUGAGGCUACUGCUGAACUGUAGAUUAAUCACCCCCCUCAGCAAGUGCAUUCUCGGAUUCUUCCUGUCCUACUGGCUGCUGGGACUGAUUCUGCACUGCAACUUCUUGCCGUGGACGUAG